AUGCGUCCGAGCGUACCAUUUAUGGAUUCGUGCUCGGCCACAUUUUAUCGCUCGCUCGAGGAAUCAGAAUGGCUCUAUAUUGUGUCAAAUCUUUUGUCGCUGGCAUCUUCGAUUACAAGUGUCGUUACCCUUCACAACUCCUCGGUUGCCAUUUGUGUUGAGGAAGGAUGGGACACAACGUGUCAGUUGAUGUCACUAGCUCAGCUCUUGCUUGAUCCAUAUUAUCGUACCAUCGAAGGCUUCCAAAUGCUUAUCGAGAAGGAAUGGCUGGCUUUUGGUCAUCGUUUUUCUCAUCGCGCAAACCAUGCGAUUUCUUCUCAAAAUAGCGGGAUAACACCGGUUUUCCUCCUAUUUUUGGAUGCAGUACAUCAGAUUUCGGCUCAGUUCCCGUGUGCAUUCGAAUUCAAUGACUUUUAUUUGCGUUUUCUCGCCUACCAUAGCCAGUCAGCAUUCUUCCGUACUUUUGUAAUGGAUUGUGAAUGCGAGCGCGUUCAUCUCGAACAUCUCGUUCCUGAUACUGAAGAAGGUCGUCGGGGAUGCAUCUGGCUGUACAUCAAGGUAUGA